AUGUCGGAUACAGCAGCAGCCAACCUGUACCCGCCACCUGCGGCAACAAGUUCAUCAUCAUCGACACCAACUUCGACAGUUUCUUCGUCUUCUUCAAUGUUGGCAAUCGAUCAACAUUCAACAAGUUCAUCAUCAACAACAACUACAUCGUCAUCAGAGUCAGCACAUCAGCUCAAACAGAAUGUAUUGCGAGACGUUUAUAAACAGCUAGAGUUGCUGUUGUUGAAGAAGAAGGCUGGCGACCAGAAGAUCGUUUUGCGACAGGGCCUUCUGGUGGCUGCCGCACAGGUCGAGCAUGUGUCGGCCAUGUCCGCCGAGCAGGUCACACAUCACUUGGAGGUCGUCUCGAAUGUUCUGGUCAAGAUGUCUGGCGAUUGUCUACACGAUGUUUGCGAUGUGCUCAUCAAGAUGUGCGACAACUAUCUGGACGACCCACUGCAGGUCUCAUCACAGGCAUCGGAGAAGCGAUCAAAGGUACACAAACCAUCAUACAGCAAGGAUGACAUCGAGUCGGAUAUCGAGACCUUGGUCGCGUCGUCUCCAUCACCCUCACCAUCAGUCUCCGACGCGCCAACAACCCCCAGCGGCGUAUUCAUCUCCACCUCCUCAACAACCACGCCACUUCUAUCCAAUGCGCCAAACGCAACCACCGACCCUGAGUUGGCCAUUCCUAUCAGCGAGGUCAUUGUCGAGUCGUCUGUGGCGAUCGAUCAGCAGCCUAUCCAGUCUCCACCAUCUGGCGCGCCAGCACCAUCGACUGCGACCACCUCCACCUCAACAACUCUCGUCCAACAUCGCACCGUAUCCGAUGAUACCCCACUCUAUUACCUGCUAAACGCACUACAUUUGGUACUGUUGGCACAUAUGCCCGCGGUGGACGCGACGUCAAUCGACUCCAAAUGCCAACUGGCCAGCGUGCCUCAGAAGGUUGUUUCAUUCUUCUUCAACUGCCUGCAGUACACGUUCUCACCAGCGAUCAGAUACACAGCAGCAUCAUGUCUCCAGGUCAUAUCUGUGGCGGCACUGGACACCGUCACUCCCUUGUUCAUCAACAGAUUGACGUCAUCACGUGGGGACGACACGUAUCGCGAGUACUCGACAUUCCAGCGCGCAGCAAAAUACCUCGAGUUUGGCUUCUGGCGCACCGCCCAGGCAGACGCCACCAAUCAAUACUUUGCCAAGUUGAUCAUAGAGAUGGAAAAGGCCACGCGUGGUGUAUACCUGCAGGCCAUUUGCUUCACACUGAUCCGAACUCUGCCCCGAAUGACUGGAAGUGGGGCUGGUGGAGCGACAGUCGUGGCCAAGCCCAAGGUGCCCGCCACAUUUUGGACGAUGGCCAGCAAGAUGUAUGACUUGGUGCUCAAAUGGACAAAGAAGUCCAAGUUGAAGCCAAUCGCGACCAAGACCCUCGCCACAUUGUGCAGUUGUAGCGAGGACCUCCUCACCAAGCAUGGAAUGGAGUUGCUCACACUCAUUGGCGGCGCACUCAAGGAGACCAAGGCCAAGCGUACCUACUUGGAAGCAUUGAUCAUAUACUUUGGAGCAUUCAAGACAAUGUUUGGCAUCGAGUCCAAGGCCCCAGCCUACCAAGCGCAAGUCGACAUGGUCCUGCCGUUCAUCCUAACCAAGAAGGCACCACCUGCCAGCUUGGCCCUCAUCUCCCAGGUGCUCAUAACAAUGGCGCGAUUCAGUCCUAGUGUCGUCGUAUCCAAACAUGUGCUCAGUGUCCUCUCGGCACCAUCCAGCAACAAACAGAGCGAGUACAGCUUGGAUGUCGUGGCGGUCAUUUUCAAACUCUAUGCGUCACUCAAUCAAGAAUGUGGUCCUGAGGCAUUGCGAGCCUACGAGCGAACUAUAUCACAGGCACUAGAUCCAUGGUUCGCCGCAUACGAUGGCGAGACCACCCCGAUGAAGUACAUCCUGCUCGACUUCCCCACCUUCUGUUCGCACGAGACACAUAAGGUAUUUGGCGACAAGGUGGUCAAGUGGACAUGGCAUGCCGAUGCCGACGUCGCGUCCCUGUCGAUGGCCGCACUUCUCAAACACAUGGCCACUCAUCCGCAGCAGACGUUCCCAUCGAUACUCUAUCACAUGUUGAUGUACAUCACCAACUACACUGGCGAUAUGGCGUCGCCAUCAUUGGUCAAGGUGAUCAAGUGCAUGUGUGUCGUGACCCAGGAGUACAUAUCGAUGCACUUUCAGGCGAGUGGUGAGCGCAAGACAUCCGCUCCUGCCGCCAUCGAGUCACAGGCAUGGAAGAACCUACGCGAGACUACCGAGGGCGUAUGUCUCUACAUCCUCACCUCGCCCGUCUCCUCACUCUGGCAGCCAGCCAUUGAUCUGAUACAGCUCACUGGUCAUCAAGUGUUCAGGGAGGUUGAUAUGGCCGAGAGUGCACUCGAGCAACCUGCUGCUGGCUCGGCAUACCUUGCCGACUACAUCCCACAUAGCGUGUUUGUCGCGAGACGACCGCCUAGCAUCGAGACGCCACAUAUUGUAUAUAUCGAGUUUGCCACACUCCUGCCAUCAUUCAACGCGGAUCUGGCACACUUCCUCCAGGUUCACAAUGGCAACCUGCAAGGCAGCAUCAACUGGGCGUGGACGAGACUGAGGAAGAAGUGGCAUCCCAAGGGACAGCCGGCUGCCGCAGUCAUCGGCAUGAAGAACACCUUAGCCUACCUCUUGUUGUCGACUCGUCUCAACUACCAUGCGCCAGAGGUCACAUCUGUGGAGGACCAGCUUCUGACCGAGGUCAUCACAGCUUACUUCCAGGAGCGCGAGGGCAAGACUGGCGAGGAGCAGAGUCACCUGAUUGCCCAGCUGGCACCAUCCCUUCAUCGAUCAUGCCAUGAUCAUGUCUUCAAGUUGAUUGAACAGGAGCGUUGUAGAGAGGGCAAGAAGAGAAAGAAGGAGAUGUUCUACACUCAAGAACAUCCAAUUGUGCUGAUUGCACAUCUGACACAGCGUGCUACUGUCGAGGACUAUGACAAUGCGACAGCCAUGCGUACAACAUUGAAGGAUGUCACCAACUUCUGGAUCGCGAACAGUCAGCAAUUCAAUCAAUCACUCAGCUCGAUCCGACCACUCUGUAUCCAACUACUGCGCAACUUCCUCUCUUUGGACAGUCGAAGCUCACUCCCCAGAGGGGACGUCUCACUCCUCAAUCCAUUAUACGCCAAGCAAAUCUUCCAUUGUCUACAAAGUGUAUCAACAUCCACACUCAAUGGCACUGAAUCAAUCACAAGCGAAGCCAACCAACUACAUGUGUACAUACAGGAGGCGGUGAAUAUACUGUUGGCCGAGGCGUGUUUGGAUGAGAUUAGACAAGAUGUGGUAGAGUACCUCAUUCAAUGUUUGGCUCAUGGUACCCACAUUCAUCAGUUGAUCUCUGAGAACAUGGCAGUGUUCCUGCGUCGCUCGCCUGACUAUCUCACUCAAUACAUCGAGGGCAGCUUCAACAAUGACAAGCCAGAGCAACAUACCACCUCGCUCCUCUACACACGAGCAUUGACGAUCAGCUUUACAACACCCCAGUCAUGGAGCCAUCAAUGUGCGCCAGAGCGUCUGUUACAUCUUUGUUUGUUCCACAUGGUGUCGGAGUUGAAGGAGGCACGUUCGUUGUCAUGUCAGAUGGCAAAGAACUUGAUUAAGGAGAAUGGCGAGGCACCACCCACGCCACUCACAUCCCAUCUCACACCAAUAUCAACAGAGACAGUGCCAAACUAUGUAUACACUCGAAUGUCAUUGCAUUUCUCCAACUCCAUGAGUUCCAAAUACCAGUGGAUGACGCCAGUACUAUUCACCCAAGCUGAUGUCCAACUGGCACACAUGCCACUCAAUCACAGGCAGUUACAACUCAAUAUGCUCGCACCUUGGUCCAGGAACUUCUAUUGGACUAUCACUCAUUCAUCUGAUGCCGAGGUGAGCACCAUCCUCGAGUCAUUACUGAACAUCACUAUUCAGUUGCGAAUGAUUGAUAACACUCACAGACAGUUGGAAGCACUCUGGAGUGAGUUGGCAGCAUCUGGCGAUGCACAUUCAUCGAUGGCCACAGUCCACAAAAGAGUAGUGGACUUCCUCCGUGAUAAAUAUCAUUGCGAGCGCGCACAGCAACAGCCAGAGGUACGCGAGGCAUGCAAGAUGGCGAUCACUCUCAUCACAAGACGAUCCAGCGCUCACUGGCUCUCGAUCAUGGACUAUCUCGUCAAGUCGCUUCGUGGAUAUGGCGCCCUGCCUGCUUCACCUGCACAGUUUGUCCAAGAGUUCCUGGCCAACCCCGACACGCCUGCGCCUGAGGACAGCAUCUCGCCUCUGUUGACUGAGGAAGCCUACAUGAACUUCUUUGAGAACCUGACCUUUGAGUUCCAGCUCCAGGACGUGUUGGGAAUCACCAAGCUUAUCCCAGCAUUGCUUGUCAACGCUAUACUUGUGUUUGGUCCAAGCGCAGACCCUUUGAACAACAGUACUCAAGCACUGGGCAAACGAAUCGUCAACAACAUUCUUCAGUCUUUGGUCAUCCAACAGCCAACACUCUCAGACGACAUCAAGCGAGAGGCAUUCGAACUCAUAGACUCUGGCUGGGUCACAUGGCAGGAGCGACAGCGCAGGUCACUCAUACGAGUACUCCACAAUGCGUUGGGCGAGCCAAUCAUUGACUGCUGGGAGCAGCUCACACUACAGUUCGCCAUCUGCUCUAACAGCAAUGUACAGGUGUCGCUGUCGGCGCUAGACUGGUACGAAUCAAUACGUACAAGUAUUGGCUCCAGCAAGGAUGGCAUGGACGGCCUGCUAGGAUUGUGCUGUUGUCUGUGGAAGUCGUGCGUCAUGGGCAACGUGGAGAAGAUGUACCGUGUACUUGGCAUCCUCAACGCUGUAGUGGCCAAUGGAUCGCGAUGCAUCAACUCAGACACAUCAUACUCCAUCAUUAUUCGUCUGGGCGCCAUCCUUCUACACACAUCGUAUCACGCACAGUUCAACUCGGCACUCACACUACUACAUCGCACGAUCACCUCACUCGGCAAUGCUGCGCUGCGAUCCAGUGUCACCGAGGAGAUGGCAGAUAUACUUGGCGCAGGAAUGAAGGCUGAGCAGGUUGUCAAUGUUGGCAUCGCCAACACAAACACCUUUGCACUCACAUUGUGGUUCGCCAAGGAAUGUGCCCAGUUCAAGAACUCGACAAACUCCAUUGUCUCCACUCUUGUACUACUGGCCGGAUGCAUGGCUACCAUGUCGCCAGAGGACCCUCACACCGUUGACUACAUGAAGUCACUUGUCAAAGGUCCCAACUCGCAUCAACUCCAACAACUGAUUGAUACAGUACUGCAUGACCCGUACAUGUUGGUCACACGACAGAUCAAUGCGCCUACAUGGUCACGCGCCGACCUCAUCAAGAGUUUGAGCACUCACCUGCGCCAAAUGUUCUCCCAGAAUGGUGUCUCCGAGCAGAUGUUGCCAGUGCUCAUACGCACAGUUACCGAGCUUGUCAAGGCUAUGAUGGCGGACAAAUCACGCGAACGAGACGCCUCAUUCUUGCUGGCCUUUAUCGAUGAGAUCAUUCAGGGAGCCUCAGGCUCACAGGGUCCCCCAAGCGCACUGGUCGCCGACUUUGUGAACCUGAUCAUUGAUGUCAGUCAAAGAUCUCUGUGCCCAGAGACACGAGCCAAUGCACAGAGCCUCAUCCAGUACAUCAUGGACAACCUUCCACAAGGUGUGACAGCUGCACAGUUUGACUUCCUUAAGACCUAUCCUUCACCCGCCACCCUGGCAACAUCCACGAAUAUCGCCGCGGUUCCCGACUCACUGGCCAGCAACAAGUUUGCACUUCAGACCCAGACCGACUCACUCAACAACCUGUACACAUCGUUAUAUUUGAUCAACACAUAUAUCUUUGCUGUGCCCUCAGACUCUCCCGUCAACUCCCAGAUGCGCCGAGCACUGGACACUUAUGAGAGGAGUAGGCUCAUCCAACAGCAACAACAGCAACAACAAUUACUCCAACAGCAACAACAACAGCAACAACAACAGCAGCAAGCAAACAACACACCUACGGCCAAUGGCAAAUCACACAAGCAAUCCAAACAAUCAUCGUUAGCCAACUUGGCCAACUCACCAUUGUCCACCUCAGCUGGAUCAAUCAAGAAGCCACUGCCUGGAAAUAUGAAGCGUGAACUGUCCUCACCAACAUCAAUGACACAUUCAAAUCGCCAACAGUCCACCACCAAUGCAGUUGUAUCACCAUUGAUAUUACACAGUCGUAACAACUCUGGAACCAGCUCAUCAUUGGCAUCAUUAUUACCACGAGCUCAGCUACAGCCACUUGAUCAAACGCCAUCCCUACCCGAUCCACAUCGCCGAACACACUCCUCUCCGCAUCAACCUAUUCCACAACCAAAGGAUUAA